GACGUGGAGCUCUGUCCAUCUGCAGACAAACCUCACACAAACCUACGGAUCUCAUAAAGUUAUCCUGCUAAUUCACUCUAACGCUCGUGUUUGUGUGUGGAUGAGUGUGUGUGUGACCGCUGGAAGCGCGACGAGAGAAGGAUGAAGCUAAAAGAAAUUAACCGAACGGCCAUCCAGGCCUGGAGUCCAGCACAGCAACACCCCAUCUACCUGGCUGCAGGAACGUCGGCCCAGCAGCUCGAUGCCACCUUCAGCACCAAUGCAUCUCUGGAGAUCUUUGAACUGGAUCUCUCUGAUCCUGCUUUAGCCAUGAAGUCAUGUGGUUCGUUCUCCUCUCCACACAGAUACCACAAACUAGUCUGGGGUCCACGUGGCAUUGAAGACCAGAGUUUGCCAUCGGGUGUCCUCAUCGCUGGAGGAGAGAAUGGCAACAUUAUCCUCUAUGACGCCUCCAAAAUCAUUGCUGGAGACAGUGAAGUGAUUAUUGCCCAGAGCGAGAAACAUACGGGACCAGUAAGAGCUCUCGAUGUCAACUCGUUUCAGUCAAACCUUGUGGCCUCCGGGGGAAAUGAGUCAGAAAUCUACAUUUGGGAUUUGGACAACUUAAACUCCCCAAUGACGCCAGGACCUAAAACACAGCCCCUAGAGGACAUCAGCUGUGUUGCGUGGAACAAACAGGUGCAGCACAUCCUGGCCUCGGCCAGUCCCAGCGGAAAAGCUUCAGUCUGGGAUCUGAGAAAGAACGACCUGAUCAUCAAAGUCAGCGACCACAGCAACAGGAUGCAUUGCUCUGGUCUGGCCUGGAACCCGGAGGUGGCCACUCAGCUGGUUCUGGCGUCUGAAGACGACCGAAUGCCUGUCAUCCAAAUGUGGGACCUGCGCUUUGCCACCUCCCCUCUCAAAGUGCUGGAGAGCCACACAAGGGGUGUUUUGGCCAUAGCCUGGAGUGAAGCAGAUCCAGAGCUGCUCCUGAGCUGCGGGAAAGAUAACCGGAUCCUGUGCUGGAACCCCAACACGGCUGAGGUUCUGUAUGAGCUGCCCACCAGUACUCAGUGGUGUUUUGACAUCCAGUGGUGUCCCAGAAACCCAGCUGUGCUGUCUGCUGCUGCCUUUGAUGGCCAUAUCAGCAUCUACUCCGUUAUGGGAGGGAGCAAUGACAACGCCAGUACUUUACAGGCCGAACAGUUAAGUAGUUCAUUUGGAAAUAUGGAUCCUUUUGGAACGGGCAAGACGCUGCCGCCUUUACAGCUGCCUCAGACUGCCACGACCCAAAGCACCGUCACACCUCUCAAAAAACCCCCCAAAUGGAUCCGUAGACCAGUUGGAGCGUCUUUUGCUUUUGGUGGAAAACUAGUCACUUUGGACAACGUCAAGCCAGCGGCCCAACAGCCCCAGCAGACUGCUGCCCAUGUCGUUCAUAUCAGUCAGGUUGUGACAGAAACCGAUUUCCUCGGUCGCUCGAACCAACUCCAGGCGACACUCACUGCAGGAAAUUUCCUUGAGUACUGCCAAACCAAGAUUGAAGCUGCUCAGAGUGAAUUUGAGAAGACCGUUUGGUCUUUUCUGAAGGUGAACUUUGAAGAAGAUGCACGGGGGAAAUAUUUGGACCUUUUGGGAUACAAGAAGGAAGAGCUCGCUUUAAAGAUUGCAUCAGCAUUAGAAAGGAACUGCAAAUCUGAUGAGGCCGAUGUGCUUUCACUCAUACCUUCUUCCAUACCUCACCAUUAUCCCGCUCCUGUUCCCGUGUCAAACCCUGUGCCUGACCCUGUUUCCAAGCCUGAACCAGUCCUUGAAACUCAGUCAGAAACUGAACCCAUUGCUGUGUCGGCUCAGCCUCAGCUCGAGCCAAAAUAUCCAAGUUCUCCAAACCUUGAGCUAAACCUAGAGUCUGUGAACGAACCUCUGCUUGAGCCCACAAUUGUCCCCAGUGCCAGAACCCAGAAACCUCAGUCACAGCCCUCAGUGGACUUCACCCCACCAAUAGAUCUUACCUACUCCUUUGACCAGACGCCUAUAUCCACACCCACAUCACAGGUUGAUUCUUCUGGUCAACUGAUGGUCACAGCUCAAGAGCAGUCACAGUCUGUGCCACUCUUUGCACCUCAGCAUCUGGGAUCUUCAGAUCUACUGUUACCUCCUCAAUCUGCUGCUGCGAUGGUGCCACAAGAGUCUCUUCCUUCAUGUGCACAAACAGUUGAGUUUCAGCAAUCUGUGGCAGUCAAUCAACAAGCAUCUGGUGCAGUGCAUUCUGGGCCAGUGCUGCCAGCUGAACCUCUUGAGUCUGUACAAGAACCUACUGUUGAUAUACAACAGCCAGCAUCUGAUGUGAUGCCACCAUGUAGUAGCUCUCAGCCGCGGGCCGCUCUUGGCCUUUCUCCAGAUAUCUUGCCUCAAGAAGCCAUGAGCUUGCAAACUCCAGUUGACUCCCAAACACCUGCACCAGAAUCUGAUUUGAGGACACAGCGUUCUGUUUCUGAGACUGAUCUUCUGAAUACCAGUGAUUGCCGGCCUGUGCUACAUGUCGAAGAGGUUUCUGGUUGUGGUGACCCAAAUAAAUCCAGGGCUAAAGAGGCAGCGACACUGGAGGAGAAGAAAAGCCCUGUUGAGGAAGAAGAAGAAGAGCCGCCUGCCGCUGAGACACCUGACCUAGACGAGAUUCCUUUUGAAGAUGAAGAACCUGCUGCUGAGGAGACGUCCAACACAGACAUUACUCCAGCUCCUACUUCAGACACCGUUAACCUCAAAGUUAGCCAGGACAUUGAUGGGCUGAUCACCCAGGCACUGCUGACUGGGGAUUACGAAGCUGCUGUUAACCUCUGUCUGCAUGACAACCGAAUGGCUGACGGCAUCAUCCUGGCUAUUGCCGGAGGUCCCGAGCUUCUGGCAGAGACUCAGAAGAAAUACUUCAGCAGAACUCAAAGCAAAAUCUCUAAGCUCAUUAGUGCUGUGGUGAUGAAGGACUGGUUGGACAUUUUGGAGACAUGUGACCUGCAGAACUGGAAGGAAGCGCUGGCUGCAGUAAUGACUUACGCAAAGCCAGAGGAGUUCUCCUCACUCUGUGGUCUGCUGGGCUCCAGGCUGGAGGCUGCUGAGGACACAGAACUGCAGGCUCAGGCCUGUCUCUGCUACAUCUGCGCAGGCACGGUAGAGCAGCUGAUCGCCUACUGGGCCAAAGCUCAGGACUCCUGCAGCCCGCUGGCACUGCAGGAGCUGGUUGAGAAGGUGGUGGUCCUGCAGAGAGCUGUCCUGAAAGCUCAGGGUGGUGUUUCUCCUGAUAUGGGUGCACUGCUGGCAGAGAAGAUGAAUCAGUACGCCAGUCUGCUGGCUUCACAGGGCAGCUUACAGACGGCCAUAUCCUACCUGCCCACCAACACUCAACAGGUUGCUGUGCAUCAGCUGCGUGAUCGUCUGAGCAGAGCUCUGGGUCAGCAGCAGCAGUCUGGAGUGAGGCAGACGCUUCCCGCUCCUGUACCAGUGCAGACGUUCACACAACCUCAACCUCCACAGGUCCCCGCGCAGCCCGCCACACACCCUCAGUAUUACCCACAGGGUAGAUCCGCCACUACUGUCACGUCCUGGAGUAACCAAACCCCUACAGCUCUGCCCAGUGUCCCUCGCCCACUCGUGCCUGCCGCUGACCCGCAGGUGGAGUCCUCCGCUCCAGCCUUUGGCCUUCAGUCUCCAGUGAGUGCGUCCGCUCCGUUCCUGUACUCCCAGCAGUACCAGAACUAUCCUCCUGCUCAGCAGUUCACGCCUGCCGCCGGGACUCCUGGCAUCUAUCAGCCUCUUCAGUACUCUUCCUCUACGGCUUCUCCUCUUCAUCCUCCACCCUCCUCCUCCUCCUCUGCUGUCUAUCCUCCACAGUUCAUGCAUCCUGCCUCCUCUCAGCCGGCAGCUCCUCCUGUGAUUCCUGGGCCUCCUCAGGGAGGUCAGCCUUUCUCUCCUCCUCCUCUCUCUUCUGGCGUGUCUUUCCAGCAUGGUGGGCCAGGGUCGCCCGCGGCUUAUCUUCCUCCUCCGGUCGCCAGAGCUCCAGGUACUCAGAAUGAACCCGCACUGAUUCCAGCCUCCCAGAGAACAGGAGGAUUAAAUCAAGACUCAACCUGGUCUUUGGAAGGACCUCAGAACGGCUGGAACGAUCCUCCCGCACUCAACAGAGCUCACAAAAAGAAGAAGAUGCCAGAAAACUUCACUCUACCAGCACCCAUUACAGCACCCAUCAUGGCCCCUUUAGGAGACCCUCAGGUCCCUGCUGCCCAAACCAUGCAGACCCUUCAGCAACAACAACAGGGUCCAGAUCAGCCUGUGGGCCCAGCCACCUUCAGCCCCAUCCAGCAGCAGCCACUGGGACCCCCGGGCAGAAACCCCAGCAUGCCUCUGGGCAACAUGGAGGGUGCGCCUGGAGCGCCAAUUGGAGAUGUCAUAAAGCCACUUCAGUCCAUACCGGCUGAGAAGAUCACUAAGAAGCCAAUCCCUGAGGAGCACAUGGUUCUGAAGACCACUUUUGAGGGACUUAUCCAGAAAUGCUUGGCUGCUGCUUCAGACCCGCAAACCAAGAGGAAGUUGGAUGAUGCUCAUAAGAGGCUCGAGUAUCUCUACGACAAGCUGAGAGAGCAAACACUGUCUCCAGCUAUAGUCAGUGGUCUGCACAGUAUGGCCCGCAGCAUCGAAUGCCGCUCCUACACCGACGGACUCAACAUCCACACACACAUCGUGAGCAGCAGCAACUUCAGCGAGACGUCCGCUUUCAUGCCUGUCCUGAAGGUGGUGCUGACACAAGCCAACAAACUGGGUGUUUGAUAUCCGCUGUCUGUAACACACAAACCAACAAGUAUUCUCAAACCCUCAAGCCAUCAUUCCAGGACCAGUUGUGCAUAUACUUCGCCAGUCUUAACCGAUCUGGUUUACAGCGACGUUUUUGUUGUUUAUUCUUAGUUUUUUUUGUCACAUGUUUUAAUGUUGUUGUUGUUAUUACAUAUUUGUAAUCAUGACAGAGCAGAGUGCAAUAGGGCUUUCCCCUUUUAUGUCUCCAGUUUUAAUGGUAAAUUAGCUUCAUAAAAUGAAAUGCGAGUUUUAUGCUUUAGCGGCAAGCUAAUCGUUUCAAGUGCACCGUGCAUCAUUUUUAAUUUAUGCUAUUCAUUUGGCAUGAUUAUUUUGAGUUUUAAGAUGUUUACGAUUAUCGCAGCUCCUCUGCAUUUCAAUUUAUUUUCUGGGAAUCUUCUUUGAUUUACGUUACGACAUCAUUUCUGCAGAUGAAGUUUGGAUUUGGCAUCAAGGUAACAUGAAUUGCAAUGAAUUUUUAUUUAAGCAGUUUAUUUGAUUUAGUAUUUGGCAUUCGUACAAUUGGAAAUUUACGAUUAAAUCUUGACUUAUGUUUGUUUCAUAAUAAUGCUGCCUGUCUUUUAUUGUACAUCACCACAUGUUUUAAACAUCUUUUCACAUCUUACUUCUGAAACAAAGGGCAAAAGAAAUAGGAUCUGAAGUGUGAAAAAAGGUCAGGCUACAAUAAAGGGAAUGUUUCUUUUUUUUUAUAAUCAUCCUUUUUUUUCUUUUUUUAAAUCAGUCUCAGCCAGCUAUCGUUCUGUUAGUAAGUCUGUUUUGAGCAAUUUUGCAUAUGGCUGCACAAAAGUUUGGAGGCUUGCUCUAAAACGCUGGGUUUUUUAUGCAAUCUGUGUACGGUCUCAGUAAUUGAGAUUGCACUGUAAAUCUGAUGACUUUUUUUGCAGUUUUAUUAAAAACAAAUUAAGACA